AUGGGCGGUGUGUAUGGCAAUGCCAUCGCCAUUGCGCUGGAAAAUUGCCCCGUGGAAGCGCGCGGGCUCAUGUCCGGCGUCCUCCAACAGGGGUAUUCGAUGGGUUACGUCUUCGCAGCAUGCGCCAACCUGGGCGUGGGCGGCUCGACGGAAUCGUGGAAGACCGUCUUCUGGAUCGCAGCUGGCCUGUCGUUCCUCGCUGGGGCUCUUCGCGUCGUCCUCCCGGAAUCCAAACAGUUCCGCGACGCGAAACGGGCCGGGACACACCGCAACACGUUUCCGGGCGCCUUCUGGCGCGAUACAAAGUCCAUGCUAGCCAAGGAAUGGCGCUUGGUGGUCUACUGCAUCAUCCUCAUGGCCUGGUUCAACUUCUACAGCCACACGUCGCAGGAUAGCUAUACAACUUUCGUGCUCACGCAGAAGGACCUAGAUAAUAGCCGCGCCAGCCGCGCCAGCAUUUUGAUGAAAGUGGGUGCUUGCGUCGGCGGCACCAUAAUAGGUUACAUGUCCCAAUUCCUCGGCCGUCGGCGCUCCAUCAUCCUGGCCGCGCUGAUGAGCAUCCUGCUGAUCCCUGCCUGGAUCCUCCCGGAAGGCGAACACAGACUCUCCGCAUCGGCGUUCUUCAUGCAAUUCUUCGUCCAGGGCGCGUGGGGCGUGAUCCCCAUCCAUCUCAACGAGUUAUCCCCACCAGAGUUCCGCUCCAGUUUCCCCGGCGUCACGUAUCAGCUUGGAAACAUGAUCUCAUCCCCGUCGGCGCAGAUUGUCAAUGCGAUCGCGGAGGCGAAUUCUAUCCGGGGAACGCAAGGGGAGCCGGAGCCGGCGUAUGGGCCGACGAUGGGCGUUGCGACGGCGAUUUUUGCCGUGGGUAUUGUGGUUACGACUAUGAUUGGGCCGGAGAAAAGGGGGAGGAAUUUUGAGCAGGCGAAGGUAGCGGGAAUUAUAGAAACGGCGUUUGCUGGGGAGGUUAAUGCUAAAGCUGUUGAGGCCGAGGAUGGGGUUGUGAAGGAGAUGGAGAAGAAGUGA